AUGGUUAAGGAUAUUAAUGCACAAAUUAUUGAAGAUCCUUCUGUGACUCGGGACAUUGGAAGCCAGACUGAGCAUUCUGGAGAAGUGAUUGUUAAAUCUGUCAUAACUUCUGGGGAUCUAGAGCUUCCCUUUGGAGAUGAGGAAGAUCAGCACGAGUCCCUGGUAGAGCAACCAGCUGUUGAGGCCACUCCUUCUACUAGAAGAAAAAGAAAAGAGGUUGCUCUUGUUCAAGGCAGUACUAUCCAGCCUGAACCUUCUGUUGAAAGCUCUCCUCCACCUGCUACUAGGUCAAAAAGGCCUAGAAAGAGGACUAGAGUUGAGUUUGACGAGAUCGAAGAGCCUGCAGCUGUUCCCACCGAAACUUCUGGAACUGAUGAUGAGCUGCGAGGGGCUUUUGAAGCUAUUGAGCAGGAGAAAGGACAAGAAGAAGAAGAAGAUGUCCCUCUAAAAGAGAAGGACAAAGAGCCUGAAGAAGAGGUAGAACAUUCUAUUGCUGUCCCAAAGCUUGAGGUAGAGGCAGAACACUUUGUUGUAGUUCCUGUUCCUGAGGUAGCAGAGAACAAGACUACUGGGAUCCUAGCUGUGGUGACCAGUCCUUCAAGCCUCCCAUUGUGGCUAUGCCCAUCCAUUCUCUCUCAGGUUCAUCUACCAUGGCUUCCUUUGCUGAUCCAGAAUUGGCAGAGUUUGAAGCUAUGGACUGGGUUGCCCAGUUGGACAAACUGGAGAAGCUUAGCUCCACUCAUGGCAAGGCAAAAUCCAAGGCAGUGGAUGAGGCAGUGGAUAGGAGAGAACAUGGCUCCUAGGCCCAUUCUUGAAAUCAGCUUGGGCAUGGCAAGAGACGUGCUCAAUCUCCACAACCGCUAUGAAGAUCUUAAACCCUCCUUUAAAGCCUCUGAGUUUUGCAAGGCCACUCAUGAAGCUAAUUUGGUUGACUACCAGAAACAGAGAGCAGAAUUGGACCAGAUGGUUGCAGGUUUACAAAACAAACUUGGGGCUGGACUAGGCACCAAGACCAAGACCACUUUCCUUGUGCAGAACAUGGUAGCUACCUCUAGGCCAGCAUUGGAGAGUUCACAGGCCUCUCUCCAUCAAGGGAUGCUUCUCCAGCAAGAAAUCUAUACCAAGAAGACCGGAUUGCAAGAAACUUUAAAGAAACUAGGACUUUGA